AUGCCUGAUAUAUCUGAUGCAAGAUAUACUAGUAAUGGCAUUGAACAGCAAGGAUUUAUUCAGCAUUCUGAUAUCUUUAUGGAUUCAUGUGUUGUUGAGAUACCUGAAUCAUAUGCUCUUAUAGAUCAGAUUAACAAUAUUACUCCUUUUGAUAGAUUGCAUAGAGUUUUUGGUGAUGGAUACAGAUUUAAGUAUAUGAAGUGCAUGGUAAGUGUGAGAAAUGGUAAAGUCUCUGUUUACAAAGUAUCUGCUCCAAAUGUUGCAAUAGCUGAUCCUGCACUAACUGAUAUCUUUCUUAGGAUGCAUCAGGAACAUGUAUUUCUUCUGAACUAUGAUAUUACAAUGGAUUGUCUAAACAUAUCUUCUAGGGCUGUGAUUAAGGAAUUUCUUCUUGAUACUGGAAUCAGUAGCAAUGAUAUUCUUGAUGAUGAAGAUAAAGUUGGAGCAAACUGUAUUAGCUGGUUUACUGAUGAAGAUGAAAUAAGAAUUAGGAACAAGUUGUAUCAAUAA